GCCUAAUUCUUUCCCUGCGUCCAUCGCUUCGCAUCACUGUGUCUCUGACACGGACACCGAGAUACGCGGCGGGAGAGGCAGAAAUCGAAGGAAUCCCGCUUUUUGAGGCAAUAAUAGCUCAAAUUUUGUAUUGCUUUACAUUUCUAUCUUCCUUUGGAGCCAUGUUUUCAACCGGUAAACUCAAAUCCGUUGAUUUCUACAGGAAGAUUCCCAGAGAUCUGACUGAGGCAUCAUUAUCUGGUGCUGGGUUGUCCAUUAUAGCAGCACUUUGCAUGGUGUUUUUGUUUGGAAUGGAAUUAAACAAUUACAUGACAGUGAGCACCACAACUUCAAUUGUCGUUGACAAGAGUUCUGAUGGAGAUUUCUUGCGAAUUGAUUUUAAUCUUAGUUUUCCAGCAUUGUCUUGUGAGUUUGCAUCUGUGGAUGUGAUUGAUGUCUUGGGAACAAAUAGGUUGAAUAUUACAAAAACAGUGCGUAAGUAUUCCAUAGAUUCAAAUUUGAGGCAUACUGGUUCUGAAUUUCAAUCUGGAGCAAUUGUUGCUGUUAAGCAUGAUGAGGAAGUAGAUGAAGAGUAUGGUGAAGGUGCCAUUUCACUAAAUGGCCGUACUUUUGAUAGAAUAGUUCAUGAAUACCCAAUUCUAGUUGUGAAUUUCUAUGCUCCGUGGUGCUAUUGGAGCAACCGUUUGAAACCUUCAUGGGAAAAAGCAGCCAAAAUCAUAAAAGAAAGGUAUGAUCCAGAGAUGGAUGGACGAAUCCUUUUGGGAAAGGUUGAUUGCACUGAAGAAGUUGAUUUAUGUAAAAGGAAUCACAUACAGGGGUAUCCAUCUAUUCGCAUCUUCAGGAAAGGGAGCGAUCUUAAAGAGGAUCAUGGGCACCAUGAGCAUGAGUCAUAUUAUGGUGAUCGAGAUACAGAGAGCCUGGUAAAGACAAUGGAAGAACUGGUUGCACCUAUUUCAUUGGAGUCUCAAAGGGUUGCUUCUGAUGGCAAGUCUAACAAACUGGCAAAUGGUACAAAGAGGCCCGCACCAGCAACUGGAGGCUGCAGAAUUGAAGGUUUUGUACGUGUUAAGAAGGUUCCAGGCAAUCUUGUUAUUUCAGCUCAUUCAGGGGCUCAUUCAUUUGAUGGUUCUCAGAUGAACAUGUCGCAUGUAAUUUCCCGUUUUUCAUUUGGUAAGAUGAUAAGUUCUAGGGAAAUGAGUGAUGUGAAGAGGUUGCUACCAUACCUUGGUCAAAACUAUGACAAGCUGAGUGGCAAAACAUACAUUACUAAUCCAAAGGAUUCCAGUGAAAAUGUUACCAUUGAGCAUUACAUUCAAGUGGUGAAAACAGAGGUUAUGACAAGAUCCUAUAAAUUAGUGGAGGAGUACGAGUACACAGCUCACAGUAGUCUGGUUCACAGUUUUGACCUACCUGUCGCAAAGUUUCAUGUUGUGCCAUCAGCAAUGCAGGUCAUCAUUAAAGAAAAUGCAAAAUCCUUCUCGCACUUUCUUACAAAUGUCUGCGCUAUUAUCGGGGGUGUUUUUACGGUAGCUGGUAUAUUGGAUUCAAUUCUGCACAAUACUAUGAGACUGAUGCGAAAAGUUGAGCUAGGAAAGAAUUUUUAAUGUUCUCAGAGUUCAUAACUAUACAGACAACUCACUCUAGUUUCAACAUAUUACAUUGUCAAAUUACAAUAAAAGUUGUAAAAUAUUUUCUAGUACUCCACAUGGUUGGACUUGCAAAUUAAAGCAUCCCCAAAAGGGCCCUUUUUUCCUUAGGUAGAGGGGAGAGUUGAUAGA